AUGUCAAAUACUUCUACAUGUAAAAUUGAACGAUUAAUGGUCAAUCGACUUCAUACGCAUUUGAUGUUGAGUGUACAAGGAAAUGAAAUUGAUCAACAACUUACUGAUGAAUAUGAACAUUUUGUUGAAAAGGUUCGUAAAAUUCAAAGUAGUAAAAAAUUAGAUAUUGAUCAAAGGAUUUCAUUAAUUUCAUGGAUUAAAUAUUAUACAAAAAUGUAUGCAUUUGCUUUGAAUAAUGAUAGUCGAGAAGAUUUCUUAUAUAAACUUGAUCGAUUUCUAACCGAUAUAUCGAAGUGCCAUUUUGUUCGACAUUGA